CCUGUGGGAGGAGAGAGAGCUGGGCCCGGCUGGCCGCAGCAGGCAGAGCGUGGGGAGCAAGUGGGUCCAGGAGAACACCGUGUGCUGUAGCAAAAGCAGCCUGACGAGGUCAACAAAGCCGCUUUCUGGCUGUUCUGCCACCCCAGCUGAGCUCUCGGGACCUUCGGGUAGGACCUGGGCAGCCUGAGAAAGGCUGGAAGAAAUGAACGACAGGAUCAUGGCGCGACUCUGGGGGCUCCUGGUGCUCAGCUUGUCCUGUCUGCAAAGCCCCUGCUCCAUGUUCUCCCCCGUGAGCACCACGGAUCUCCUGGGCCAGCAGCCAAUGAGCGAGCAGGCCCAGCAGAAGCUGCCUCCACUUGCUCUCCUCAAGUUGGGCAACCAGGAUCUUGGUGGCCACGCUACCCUGGAGAGGUCCCCGGGAGUCUGCAAGAGUCCCCCAACUGCAGAGGAGACUCGCAGGCUGUCUCAGGCCAUGAUGGCUUUUACUGCUGACCUGUUCUCCUUGGUGGCCCAGACAUCCACCAGCUCCAACCUCGUCCUGUCACCGCUGAGUGUGGCCCUGGCACUCUCUCACCUGGCACUAGGUGCUCGGAACCAAACGCUGCAGAGCUUGCACCGAGCGUUGCACGUGAACACAGGAUCCUGCCUUCCCCAUCUGCUGAGCCAUCUCUGCCGGAACCUAAGCCCCGGGACAAUCCGACUGGCUGCCAGAAUAUACCUGCAGAAGGGGUUUCCCAUCAAAGAGGAUUUCCUGGAGCAGUCGGAACGGCUCUUUGGUGCAAAGCCUGUGAAACUGGCUGGAAACCAGGAGGAAGACCUGGCGAACAUCAACCAAUGGGUGAAGGAGGCCACGGAGGGGAAGAUUGAGGAUUUCCUCUCUGAGCUGCCAGAUAACACCGUGUUGCUUCUCCUCAAUGCCAUCCACUUUCAUGGUUUCUGGAGGACCCAAUUUGACCCAAGCCUCACCCAGAAAGACUCCUUCCACCUGGACGAGCAGUUCACAGUGCCCGUGGACAUGAUGCAGGCACAGUCGUACCCUCUGCGCUGGUUCCUGCUGGAGCAACCUGAGAUACAGGUGGCUCAUUUCCCCUUUAAGAACAACAUGAGCUUUGUGGUCAUGAUGCCCACUCAUUUUGAAUGGAACGUGUCUCAGGUACUGGCCAACCUGACCUUGGACACUUUGUAUCAUCCCUCACUGAGGGAGAAGCCCACCAAGGUGCGGCUGCCAAAACUUCAUUUGAAGCAGCAGCUGGACCUGGUAGCCACCCUCGGCCAGCUAGGCCUGCAGGAAUUGUUCCAGGGCCCAGACCUGCGUGGGAUCUCUGACCAGAGUCUGGUGGUGUCUAGUGUACAGCAUCAGUCUACCAUGGAACUCAGUGAGGCGGGCGUGGAGGCAGCCGCAGCCACGAGCACAGCCAUGAACCGAAUGUCUGUCUCCUCCUUUGCUGUGAACCGACCCUUCCUCUUCUUCAUCAUGGAGGACGCCUUAGGCAUGCCCCUCUUUGUGGGCAGCGUGAGGAACCCCAACCCGAGUGCACAGCCCCAGCCCCAGGAACAGCAAGAUUCCCCCGACAACCGGGUCUUCCGGCAUGAAAAAGCUGACUUUCCCGGAGACAAGACCUUUGGUCCUGAUUUGAAACUUGCACCCCCCUUGGAUGAUGAUUACCCCCAGUUUAGCACCCCCAAGUGAGGAGGGGCCCUGGGCAGCAGCAUCCUGAGUCCCCGUCUGGAUCAGCCUCUCAACUCCUGUGACUCUUUCCAACCAGCUUUGUGGGAUAGGGUGGGACCUGGGGAGGCAUUCUCCAGGGAAGGGAGCCGUUCUCUUGCAGUAGGCUCCUGGGGAUAGGAGGCGGGGUGGGAUCUGGGAGAAGGCAGGCGAAAGGAAUCUUCAUUUCUUCCAAAGGAGUUCAGAGGGUGACCUUUUGUGGGAUGGGCACUCGUGGAUACAGUUCCGGCUAGAGGUGUAGGCAGAAGCAGGAGGCCACCUUUAGACAUGUCCCCAGACACCCUGAGCUCAGACACUGUCCUUGGUGUUGUACUCCAUGGCUGAAGGUUGACCUCCUCUGACUCUGUUGGACCUUGCUGAAGACCUCCAGGCCCCCACCCAUGUCCCACCACCCCAGUCACCCCUCUGGUCUUUGGAGAUACCAACACUGCCAGGACCCCCCUCCUUUCCUCUCUCUUGUCCUCCUCUUCAGGAAGCUCAGGGGCUGAGGCAGGGAGGGGCCUCUUUAGCUCCCAAGACUCUUUUGUAAAGUUUUUGUAGUGACUUUUAUGCCACCUGAAUAAAGAAUGAAUGGGCCGGG